AACCUAUCUCCUUCAGCAGGUUUAUACUUGUUAGUGGUGGAGGCUCUCCUCCAGUACCGGCUUUACAGAUCUGGCGGGCGCCACCGGGUCGGACGCUUGAGCGAAGCGUUAACAACCCUCGAUCUUUCAGGACCCCAAUACCAUACACAACAACAUACGGACAGUCCGUGGUACAACUUCAUAUACCACUGUGUAACUCCUGCUCGCCGUGUUUCAGUCGCGAGAGCGUUCAGCCGGUUUCUCUCGUGGUCAGCCGCUUGACAGCGCAAGCGGCGAUUAUUGGCCACUCCCGCUCGCACAGAAUUGUGCGACUGGACUUGACGCGAGUCCAUUCAACAUUACUACACCAUGGGGAUGUGUAUGAGCACACAUAACGACGAUGCCGAGCAGAGAAAGCGAAGUCAAGCAAUUGACCGGAAGCUAGAAGAAGAUUCGCGGCGGCUUCGGCGGGAAUGCAAGAUAUUACUUCUUGGAUCUGGUGAGAGCGGGAAGUCUACAAUCGUCAAACAGAUGAAGAUCAUUCAUCAAAAUGGGUACACCAUGGAAGAGCUGGCGUUGUAUCGUCUAACGAUAUUUAAGAACGUAAUCGACUGUGCGAAGUCACUCAUCGGAGCCAUGCGGCAAUUUGAUAUUGACCCUGAGAACCCUGGCAAUGGCGAACUCUGCGAAUACUUGAUGGACUACACGGUGGACCCUGACCCCGAGAAACCGCUCGAUUUCAAAGUUGGCCAAGCCGUCAGUUCAUUAUGGCGAGAUCCGUGUAUUCCAAAGGUUAUGGAACACUCGAGUGAAUUCUAUAUCAUGGAUUCUGCGCCUUACUUCUUCGAAGAGGUCAACCGAAUAGCAUCUAAUGACUAUAUACCGGUGGAAGCCGACGUGCUUCGCGCACGUACGAAAACUACUGGGAUUUACGAGACUCGCUUCACCAUGGGUCAAUUGAGCAUACAUAUGUUCGAUGUAGGUGGUCAGCGUAGUGAGAGGAAGAAGUGGAUACAUUGUUUCGAGAACGUAACGUCCAUCAUCUUCUGCGUUGCCUUGAGUGAGUAUGAUCAAGUUCUCCUAGAGGAGAGCAGCCAAAAUCGCAUGAUGGAGAGUCUGGUACUCUUUGAUUCUGUGGUCAAUUCGAGGUGGUUCAUGCGCACGAGUAUUAUCUUGUUUCUGAACAAGGUGGAUUUGUUUAAAGCUAAACUCGCGAGAUCGCCACUUGGUACAUAUUUCCCUGAUUACUCCGGUGGCAACGAUGUCAACCGAGCGGCCAAGUAUCUCCUGUGGAGAUUCAACCAAGUCAACCGUGCUCAUCUCAAUCUAUAUCCUCAUCUGACACAAGCCACCGACACAUCGAAUAUUCGAUUGGUGUUCGCUGCGGUGAAAGAGACCAUCCUACAAAAUGCACUCAAAGACUCUGGAAUAUUAUGAUCUCGUCGACCCUACCCUUCUGAUUAUACCAACCACUUCUGCCCGAACGACCGCUACACAACUCGAGAUCACCCUUGGAUCUUUCGCGCAACGGUACUGCAUCAGUCAAAAUGGUCUUAAGGCAAGACCGUACUUUUUUUCAAGCGAGCAUCGGAGUUCAGGCGCUUAAUAGGUUUUUUUGGGUUGUGACACAGGACAAAGCCUGAUACGACGGCGCACAAUCGACUUACAUUACAGCCAGUUUCCUUUUCUCAAACUCCAAAAGAAAUGCAGGUUCCUACC